GUUGACUUUUUAAUCACGAUGGCACACGAGGAAGCUCUCCAGACGACCACAGACAGCGAAGAAGAAAGUAGUUUUUCCUCAGAAGAAGAGGAAGACUUUGAGGAUGAACUCCUGCAUUUCGAGGAGCGCUUUGAUGCUGCGGAGGACACACUUUCUAACGAAUGUGAGAGUGACCAGAUGCCUGCUGCAAAGAGAGCCAGGACUCUUUCAUGGAAAGCAGAGACUGAUGUUGACCGGGUUCCACAGACUCUGAGAUUCCUGCCUGCUCGGGAACUUGGCCCGCAGUUGUCUGCUGCUGACGCGCACUCUCCCAUGAGUCUUUUCAAACUGUUUUUCACAGAGAGCACCAUGACAAACCUGUGCCACAACACAAAUGCUCAGGCUGCCAGGGCAAUUGCAAAGGGCCGCAAGUACAAAUGGACAGAUGUCAGUGUUGAUGAGCUGUACCGCUACAUCGGACUCGUAUUCUACAUGGCUGCGGUGAAGAUGAGCUCCAUCACUGACUACUGGCGGCAGGACAGUCUUUUCUUUCUGCCUUUUCCCGCCACAGUUAUGCCAAGGGACAGAUACCGCAUAAUUUCCUGGAAUGUACACAUGAGUCACCCAGACGCAGACAAGGAAAACGACAGAAAGAGGGGCACAGCCCAACACGACCGUCUGUUCAGGAUCAAACCCCUCAUGAACACUAUUCGUCUCGCGUGCAAAGCCUUCUAUCAUCCUAGAAGAAAUUUAGCUGUGAAGGAGAGAUUGGUGGCAUGCAGAGCAAAUAUUGGAAUGACACGGUGCACAAAAGUCAAGCCGACAAAGUUGGGAUUCAAGUUUUUUGUCCUUUCAGACUCAUCAAAUGGAUAUACUGUGGACUUCUCUGUCUACACGGGCAAGAACAGCUUUCCUGCAGACCGUGGGCUUUCGUAUGAUGCUGUGAUGUCUCUCCUGGACCGUAAAGUUUUGGGCUCUGGGUACCAUGUGUACAUGGAUGAUUUCUACACGAGUCACAAGCUCUUCACAGACCUGUUUGCUCUGAAGUUUGGUGCUUGUGGGACGUACAGAGACCAGAGGAAGGACUUCCCGAAGACUGCAGCUAAUUCACUGAGCAGAAGCUCCAGCAGGGGAUCCAUCAGGUGGAUUCGGGACGGGCCUCUUGUGUGUGUGAAGUGGAUGGACACGCAAGUAGUGUCUGUUUGUUCCACCAUCCAUGCUGCCUAUACAGGAGAGCGUGUGCAAAGGAAAAUCAAAGCACAAGAUACAUGGAAGGCGAAGUCUUUUCCGUGUCCUGCACCUGUGAUUGCAUACAACCAGCACAUGGGGGGUGUUGAUCUGUCCGGUCAGCUGCUGCAAUACUACGCUGCGCAGCACAAAACCAUGAAGUGGUACAAAAAAAUCUUCCUACACUUCUUGGACAUUGCCGCCAGCAACGCUUUCAUAUUGCACAAAGAGCUGCAAGGCAACAUGACUCACGAUCAGUUCAUGGAGGAGCUUAUCGCAGAGCUCUGUGGCGCGUCACAGAAAGCAGCACCAAAACAGUUUAGCACAGACCACGUGCCAAUUCCAGGAGCUGAGCUGACUUCAGACGUCAGAAGAAUUGCUUCUGUCGGUCGCCGGAUCUGUGUGCAUUGCAAAGCAGUGCAUGGAAAGAAACAACAAACACCUUGGAAAUGCCAGGCUUGUGAUGUUCACUUGUGUCUUCAGUUGAACAGAAACUGUUUCCAAGAAUGGCACAAAAGUCUGUGAUUGUGAUCAGCUGUAUCAUAGUUUUUCCUGCUUGUUAUUUUUUGUGGAAACCAUUUUCAACAUUGUUAAACAGAAGCUUAUGAUAAUAACUGACAACAAAUUGAGUUGAUUUCUGAAGGAUCGUCGCAAUGAAGACUGGAUUUAUGGCUGCUAAAAAUAUAUGGCAUUUAUAGUACUUCAAUACUUUACUGUAUUUACAUCUUACUGUAUUUUUAAUCAAAUAAAUUCAGCUUUGGUGAGAAGAAGAGACUUCUUUCAAAAACAUUUUAAUGAUUCCCAAAAAUUUUUUAUUUUGUAUUGUUAUGCACUAAGUUGUAAAUAAACUAAAACGAAGAAACUCAAUGCAGCACAUUUUU